UUUAAUCAUCACCGACAUCAAAAUUCAUCUUCAGUUCAAAUGUCAACGAGAUAAAAAAAAAGUUAUGACAAAUCGCAAUAGUUCGACGGAUAUAAGACGAUAUUAGGCAAAAAAUUAACUGGUAUUGAUCACACUUCAAAGGUUUUUCAAUCAAAAUUAGUGGAAUUGGUAUGUAUCCCUCCUUUGCACUACGCAUGUUCGUCUGCCGGUGUGUUGUUUCGCUUCUCCAAAACAUGUAUACCAAUACACGUGACCGAACUCAAUGUCAAAUUUGGCAUUGACCCCCUUGUAUCCAAACAUCAGCGCAGUAUGGCGUCAGCUGUUGACGUGAAAACUGUGUUUUGCUCCGUUUUUGUGAUUAUUGUGAUUUUGGUAGGUCUAGUAACUAAAUAAUUCCUAAAUUUUCGCCAUAAAAAUCUACUAAAUAGUUUCUAAAACAUAUUCUGACUUGAUUCAAUUUAAAAAAAAAAAGUGAGUUGAAUGAAGGAGAGCAUAAAAAAUCCAUUUUUUUGUGGGAACACUGAAGUUUUCCGACGAAAACAUGAUUAUUGACAAAUCAACACUCUCAACGAUUUCGAAGAAUUUACUUAAAACGAAGGUAUCACUUCGACUUUGGCCGUUAUUCUUCUUCGAUUUCUGUGAAUAAAAUCGAUUAUUCGCCUUCUGAAAAGCUUUUGCUAUCAAGUGGGAAUGGCAACUGAUAACAGCUACUAUACUCGAUGCAUCGGAUGGGAAAAAUGGCGAUUGAUUGGAAUCAUCGUGGGUUGGGCAACAUUCGUGGCUAGUUAUAUUGCACUUCUGUCUAUAUUGAAUUCGAAAUUUUGGCUCGCAGAGAAUGAUUUCGAAGAUCAUUUUCAUUAUGAACGACCAUCAAAAUAUGAAUUCAUCGUCAAGAUAUCAUUUGGAUUGACUAAUUUCUGGGCCAUAGUGUGUUUCUUGUAUGGUGUAACUUUCUAUCGCCCGGUUUGCAUGUUGGUUGGAUUAAUUUGGUAUUUUUUUCUCGGGGUUUGCUUUACUUAUUCCGUGUAUACCGGUGAUAAUAAACUAACUCUCAAAAGUCCCACAGUAUACGCGCCGCUGCUGGUGUUUCCUUAUUGCCUCUGCAUCUUCAGCUACGAAUUCAUCAAAAAGUCAACGGAUCAUAUACGACGAAAUGGUGCGAGUAUUCCAAUGUCAAAUCUAACGUUCGUGACAGUACAAAGAAUGGAUAGGAAUCCAAGUUAAAACCACAAUAGUGGUGCUGUGAAGAAUCUAACUAUAAACAUUAUUUAAAUCUACUGCUUUCAAGCUACUUUUGAAGUGCCAAAUUCCUUUCAAAGUACCACACGGUGGUUAAUUGCUCACGCCGAUGAUCCUAACUCUCUUCCUUUACUGAAGAAAGACACACGUUAGACAUCAGUACUUGGAAAAUAUUCUUGGUCCAUAUCUAAAAUUUGGUUUUAAUUCAAGAAUUUAAUGAUUAAUUUUAAGCCAGUCUUGAUGUCAAAAUACAAUAUGUUAUUUAUUUUCGAUAAUGAAUGUAGAUUGUAGGACAAUAAAUGUGACAUCUUUCUAGUCUUCCGAA